AUGGUAAAGAGCAGUGCAUACACUGCUGGUGCUGGGUUUGGAAUCAUGGUAAAGAGCGGUGCAUGCACUACUGCUGCUGGGUGUGGAAGCACUGUAAAGAGUGGUGCAUGCACUGCUGUUGCUAGAGGCCCUACUGCUGGGUGUGGAAGCACGGUAAAAAGCGGUGCAUGCAUUGCUACUGCUGGGUUUGGAAGCACGGUAAAGAGCGGUGCAUGCAUUGCUGCUGCUGGGUGUGGAAGCACGGUAAAGAGCAGUGCAUGCACUACUGCUGUUGGGUGUGGAAGCACGAUAAUGAGCGAUGGAUGCACUACUACUGCUGGGUGUGGAAGUACCGUAAAGAGCGGUGUAUGUACUGCUACUGCAGGGUGCAGAAGCACGGUGAAGAGCGGUGGGUGCACUACUAAUAUUGGGUGCAAAGAUAUGGUGAAGAACGGUGGAUGCAAUGCUUGUGUUGGAUGUGAAAUUAUGGUCUAA